AGCUCAAGAGUAGUAUUUAAGGCUGCCCCUCACCUUCAGUUCUUCACAGUGCUCCUGUCAACACACUUGGCUUUCUUUGACACUAGCUUAUUACUCUUUAUAUCAUCUUCACCACAACCACCAAGACUUCUUCCAGCUCCGGUGUCAUCUUGACUAAAGAAGAAACCAACAAUGUCCGGCAUCAUCAAAGUGUUUCUGCUCCUGGGCGCCAUGGUCUGCCUCUCCAGAGCCCAAUUGAAUGAACCAGGACAGCAGUGUCUGUGUCAGCGUGUCAGGAACAAACUUGACAAGUCUGAAAUAAAGGACAUCCAGAUCUACCCGGCAACCAUCUUCUGUAACAAAGUGGAGAUUGUUGUCACCGCCGGCAGAGGCCUUCGCUAUUGCCUAAACCCCGAGCUGAAAGCAGUGAAAAGACUCCUGGCUAACAUCAUAAAGAGCAAGAAAGUCUCCACCACAGUUGGACCCUCUUCCACCCCAGGCAGCACCAACACAGCUCACAACUGAUCUCUUUAACUCGUGGAUGAACAAGAAGCUUGUAUGACCUCUGACCCCUCCCACCUUUGAUGAAUGUAGACGUAGAAUGAGUGAAACUUUUUGUCUAUUUAUCUUCUAUUUAUACUGACGUGCACUUACAGUAUAUCUCCGUUCUAUCUUAUUUCCUCUGAUUUUUGUUUGUAAAUAGGUUUAUGUGUUAUAGUCUAUACCAAGUUAGUCUGUAUUUUGAUAACUUCAGUUUUUUUAAUAAAAAAGAAAAAUCAAUAGA